ACGCGGCGGCGACGGUUCCACAGUCCCGGCGGCCUGUGCGGCGUUGCCGUGGAGACCAGGAAGUGACGGCGGCGGCGGAGCGGGAUGGAGUCGGCCGCGCUGCCAGUGGAGAUUGUCACAUACAUCCUGAGUUUCCUGCCCAUUACUGACAAGAAAGAGGCUGCUCUGGUAAAUCGUAUCUGGUAUUUUGCAGCCCGGGACUCCCUGUGUCAGGAUAACAUUGCCUACAACAUCCCAGUCAGUUCCACGUCUCUCAGUACCAUUGCCAGCCUGGGAAGAAGCCGGGUGUGCUGCAUCAGCCUGCCCAACCUCGACAGCUCUACCAUCUCCAGGGAUGUAAUCAAGUAUGUUGCGCAUUACCUGGGGCCUCACCUACAGAGCUUGUCUCUGCGUGGGAGCAGCCUGACUGAGGCCUCUUUCAUGACCCUUGUUUUUGCUUGCCACUGCUUGUCCUCACUGGAUUUGAGUAGCUGUAACAGCCUCUUCAUGUCUGGGACCCUGCUUUCCAAACCUGAGACCAUGCCUCAAGCUCAAAAAGCCCUGGCCUACCUCCAGGAGCUCAACUUAUCUGGCCUGCGUUACCUGUCUGACCUCAGCUUCAACCGGCUGGUGAGCUGCAUGCCACACCUGACCAAGCUCUCACUGGCCCGCUGCCACAUCACUUUUGAGUUUGAUCCCUACCAUGGUUCCAGUCACUACAACUCCUCUUGCAUAUUGUCCUUCCGCAACCUCCAGUGCUUUUUGAAGGAGCAAGCAAGCAGUCUCCAGGCUUUGGAUUUGAGUGGCACAAGCAUCACGGCGCAGGCCAUGAAGUCCCUGGUGCAAAUAGAGAAGCUGCACCUCCAGGAACUAGUGCUUCAGAACUGCCAGGACCUCACCAAUGAAGCUGUCAGCUUCCUAUGUAAGCACCAGCCUAGCUUGACUCUCUUAGACAUCAGCAGCUGUUCUGAGCUGUCUGAUCAGGCUGUCCUAGCUGUAUCAACUAGUCUCCAAGCCCUUCAGAACCUACGUUUGGGGAAGAUCCACAGGCUGACAGAUGGUGCUUUUGAGCACUUCGGCCAGCUCAGGAGCCUGCAGAACCUGGAUAUCUCUGAGUGUAGCCUAGUGAGUGGUAACAAGCUGGUGAAGGCUUUUUCCCACCCAGAGCUGCAACCUAAACUGGUUUCCCUCAGCUUUGCCUUCUGCUCUUUACUCAGAGACAGCUCUGUCCUCUCCCUGGCCAGGACACUGAGUAGCAGUCUGAGAGUAUUAGACUUGUCUUCUUGUGUCUCCCUCACCAACAUAAGCAUCCAAGCAAUUUCCUCCCACUUCACCCACUUGAUGGUCCUGCGGAUGGCUUGGUGCAGGGAGCUGACAGAUUGGGGCCUCCUGGGUAUAGAAGAGCCCCAGCAGGCACCGGACUGUGGCAGAGAGAAGGAUGGAAGUCCAAAGUUCAGCAGGAAUUUUGGGAACAUGGGGUUCUUCCUGCCUCCUCCACAGGCUUUGGAGCAGAUUCCCAAAGUCCUCACUGACUCAGACUGGCAGGAGUCCCAGAAGAAGUACCGAGCCUCCCUGCAGGCCCUCCACUACCUCCAAGAGCUUGACCUAAUGGCCUGCCACAAGCUGACUGACAUGAGCAUAACCAAGGUUAUCUGCUUCCCAGAGCUGAGGCGGCUCUCUCUCAGCUUAGUACAUGAGAUCACUGACAGCAGCCUUGUAGCCAUUGCCAGGGGUUGCCGGAACCUGGAGCACCUGUCACUGAGUCACUGUGGAAACCUGACUGACGGGGGGUUCAUGGAGGCUGCCAGCUAUCUGCGGAGACUCCAGCGCCUCAACAUCUCUGGCUGUAACCAGCUCACGUACCAGACCCUUCUGGCCAUCGGGAAGGAAUGUACGCAGCUCAAGAAUCUGGAUGUCUCCAUGUGCAGUGGGAUCCGUGUGGCUGACAUCAAGCUUUUCCAGGCACAGCUCCCCCUGCAGACAUGCAUCCAGUCACACUUUGCAGGUGGAGCAGACCUUUUCCUCACCCUGUGAGAGGCUGAUAUAGGGCUCAGACCCAUUCACUUUCUCAGCAAGCACCUUCAGCUCCGGCACGUCCCUGUGGGUACACUUAACCCCACUCAUUGACCCUGCUAACACUGCCUGGGAGAGCAGAGACAGCUCCAAGCCCUCAGCAUGAGGGGGAAGAAGUUCUCAUCCUCACUGCUGUUUUCCAAAAUGGCUGGCCUUUGAAGUGCUGGCUUUCUGGUAUUCCCUAGCCAAAGACGUUCCUUGUGUCCAAUAUUAUGUACAACUCAGCUGCUACCAAACUAUGUGUGUGGGAAGAGCCCUCAAAGCCCUUUCCCCACCCCAUCUUGGGCUAUAAGCCCUCUCCCAACCUGCUCACUGGAUUUCCCAGGGGUAUACUUGCAGAGCUGUUUGGAACUUGCCCUCCACUGAGGUGCUGGGCCUUCCAGUUGGAGCUUCCGAGUCCUCUAGCUUGUUAUAUAGGGCUGAGCAUGGCCACCAUUAGACUCUUCCAAGCCCAAGCACCAGAAAAUCAAAAGCCUAGCAGCCACUGCCUCUGGCACUGGAAUGAGCUAAGUAGGGGAGAAGAGGGCACUGUAUCCCGACGAGGGAUGCAGAAUACAGGUAUCUCAUGUUGAUGACUCCAAUGCUGUGCAAUCUAUAGUACUCCAAAGGCAGGCACUUCUGCAUCUUAACUGGCCUGAUGCGAGAUUGAGUUCUGGCUGAGGGGCUGGGACUCCCCUUCUCAGUCCCUCCCAAUGCUUCUGGAAGCUGCAGCACAGCCUCCUGGCACAAGUUUCAACACUGCAAAGAGGGUGAAUGCACUGCCUAGUCCCAGCCUUUCACUCUGAGCUGACUGCUGCCAGCUUACCCUCCAGCCAUGGGAGCACUCUCCCUUCUGGCUUGCAAAACUCCAUGCUUUUGGGCUACCCACUUCCCUCACCAGGAGCAGCUAGCACAACUUCCUCCUUUUCAGGGUUCCCUCAACAGCACAGGGCUCUCCUGCUGCUGUUUCCAGGACAAACUUGUCUCUCUUCUCUUUGGCCCUUAAAUGCCUCUGUGACUGGAGGGAAUCUGCCCUUGGUCCAGAGAUGCUUUUCUAGAAUGUAUCAUUGUGUCUAUACAUGGUGCCUUGUAGACUGUUAAUUAAAGCCUUUAUUUUCUAUAGAA